UGGAUGCCUCCUAUUACUCGAUCUAACAAGAUGGGGGACAUCCAUGAGGAGGAAGUAGGGAUGGGCGCAGGCUCAAGUAGUUCCAAACCCGAAGGUGAUCUUGUGAGCAUGAUGGCACAAAUGAUGAAGGAAUUCAAGCAAGAGGUGAUGACCCAAAUGGAUGUUCGGGCAAGAGAAUCCAUCGCUCGGUCAAAAGAAUCUGAAGCUCGCAUGCUUGCCGCCCAAAACACUCUAUUUGAAGAGUUCAACACUUGGAAGGGAGAGCGGGGGACGAGACCUCCCACUCCUAUGGGCAAUGUCAUGCCCAAUAAGGUCCCGGAGGAAGUUGAUGAAGGGGAGGCCUAUGAGGGAUGGCAAGGAGGGAGUGUUCGGGAUAGAGUUAACAACUUGGAGAAUGGAAGGUUUGGAGGAGGAAAUGAGGGGUAUGGUCGCUAUGGGGUAGGAAACCAACAUGGAGGGAUGGAGCCUUAUGGGGAAGUUGAAGGAGGGAAAGUGAGAAAUUGGGAUGAGAAUAGGGGCUAUAGUAGAUUUGGGAUGGUCAAUCAAUGAGGGAGAGUUGAGCUCUAUGGUGAUGUUAGAGGUGGCUAUGAAUCAAGGUACCAUGAAGAUGGACUUGAUAGGGGAAGUAGAGGGAAACGAGCUCCCUUGUCUCAUGGAGAGUGGCAUUCUAGGAGGGUGAGAGAUCAUGUUAGCCAUAAGGGGUUUGAGAGGCCAAUUGAAGAAGAAGUCUCAUAUAGAGCUCGAUUGAGGCCUACCUACCUGCAUGGUGGUGUUGACACGAACCAAAGAGGAAAUUUAAUUGAAGAUAUGGAAGUGAAGUAUCAAAUUGCACAUGGCUUGGAAACUAUGCCCCCGGAGAAGGACCAAGAGGAACAAGGGCAAGUGGAUGAACUCCUUGCCCAAGGUUCAAGUGCACUAUCCUUGUCGCCUUGUGAUGCUCCCUUGCAUAUGAUUACACUAGAGAAGUCCCUUUGUGUUGAUAGAUUUGUUAUUGAUGACUUGUGUAAAAAGUGGUCUCAUGAGCUUGAAUCUUUGAAUGCUAAAUCUAUCUUUGCAUCAUAUGUUGAUCCUUUCUUGAUAAAUCCAAGCAUUGAUAGACAUGAAAUUUCUCUUGUGAAAUCUACCUUGAAUGUUGGAGUGACUUCCUUUUAUGCUAAGAUGCCUAAGCUUUCAUUUGUUGGUAAUUUUGAGCUUCAUUGUGCAUAUGAUUUUGACCACUUUUUGAAAUUGUUGAAGCAAGUGAGUGAAAUCCAUUGUGAUGAACUUUGUUUGUUGAAUGAUAAUCCUUCUUGCAAACUUGAUGUGUGUUGUGAUGAACCACCUCUAUAUUUUGACCAAGAGUUUGUCAAUUUGUGGAAGAGAACUUCUUAUUUGAGCAAGAGUGGUGUGUUAAUGAUUGAAAAUGAUUGUUCGUUGCAUGAGCGUGAGAAUAAAAUUUUUGUGCUUAGACCUCUCUUGAUAACUUUCCAUUUUGCACCAUAUGAGGACCCUUUCUUGUAUAUGCCUAGUCUUGAUGAGAAUGCCAAAUCUUUUGUCAAGAUGUUCAAUAAUUUGGGCAUCAUUUGUAUGGGAAUGAUCGAGCCAAAUAGAAACAAGGUGCUUGGGGCAUGUGUGUUUUGGCAUGUUGAUUGCUUUUAUUGCAUGUCCAUCAAACCAUUCAAUGGAGUUGGGAUGUUUUAUGGUCUAUUUGUGAAGAACUUUAUAUCUAAUGGCUUUGUUUGGGACUACAUUGUGAAGGAAUGCCUAUGUUUAUUUGCACCCACAUCUUGUACCUAUAUUGUGAGAUUGUUUGAGUUUUGGUAUGAAGGGUAUCUUGAUGAGUUUGUCUUGAUUCCUUAUGGGUGGGAUUUGGACAUGAAAGGAUUCAUUAAUUUGUGUUCUCAUAUUUAUUGUGACUUGGCCUUGAGCUUGAGGGAACAUGAAUUUGGAGGUCCAUACAACGUCUUUGGUGUAGUAUUGUCUCUAAGAGCCGUUAGUGGUCUUAAUCCUUUUCAUCAUACUUUGAUAUUUGAUUUGCUCUUUUUCCAUUUCAUAGGUGUGCGGAAUCCGGAUUUGAGGGCAAAUCCUUUCCAAGAAUGGGAGAAUGAUAUGACCAUGAGUGCUAGACAUCAAGUGUCUUCACCUCGACGUGAGCCAUGGAUUGAUUGGGGUCCAAGGAAGAGAGUGAAGACGUGCCAAGGAUUCAAUAAAGCUAGAGGGUCUCCCGAGGAUGCGAGGAAUAGAGAAGGCUUGUAUUUGAGGACAAAUCCUUUCCAAGAAGGGGAGGAUGAUACGAUCAUGGAAGCCGUGCGUCAAGGAUUUCAACUACAGCUGGAUUCAACCAGAAACCGUCCUAUCGAGAUGAUAUCCGAAAGCUAUGAAACUAUUACCAUCGUCUUCGUCUUGGAAACAACUUCGCUUGGGUAUCUUGCACAUCUCAAUCGGAAUCCGAAUGAGGGAGUUAUGGCGAUUUUACAGAAGUCGUGCAGAACUGGCGAGGGAGUCCAGAGAGAACACUCGGGCGGGUGUUUUGCACCCUGCAAUUCACCCGACCGGGUGAAUCACCCGAGACUUAGUUUUUGAGGGCCUUUUUCCACAUUUUGGGCCCUUAGUAUAAAUACCUUUUGGUGUCAUUUUUCAUUCUAGAUUAAGAUUGUGAUUGAAGUUAUCUCCCUAGUGAGUUUUUCCUCUUUGAGGAAUGUAUCCAAUUCCUUCCUUGAAGGUUGCUUGUCUCAGUUUCAUAGAUUGAUUCAAGUAGAGGUAUGCAUCAAUGGAGUGUAUCCAUUGAGUAGUGGAGCCAAGGGGUGAUAGAGCUAUUGAAAGUUUCCUAGGGUUGUUUCCA